ACCUCUUCAGCACAAUGAAAACACCACAGUGGAAUCAGUCUGUUUCACUUCCCCUGAUUUACCACCUCACAAAAUGUCCCAGUUUCUAUUUCAACCCGUCACCACCAGCAGCCACAAGCGGACUUCAGCGCUCAGCAUUCGCAUUGGAAGCACCCCGGAGAUGGCUAGCCCAAAUCAGGUCCUGCUUUUAGAGCCUCGGUACGAACUGAGAUUCCGAGGUCCAUUUACAGAAGUGGUGACCAGCACACUAAAGCUUACUAAUCCUACAGACCGAAAUGUGUGCUUUAAAGUAAUGACCACUGCACCGCGCAGAUACUGUGUGCGGCCAAACAAUGGAGUGAUUGAUGCCGGAGCUUCGAUCAACGUCUCCAUAAUGCUGCAACCGUUUGAUUAUGACCCGAAUUGUAAAGGCAAACACAAGUUCAUGAUAAGGUCUCUGCUGGCACCGCCUCAUAUGACCGACAUCGAGGAAGCAUGGAAAGAUGCCAAGCCUGUGGAUCUGAUGGACUCCAAGCUGAUCUGUGUCAUUGAGAUGCCCACUGAAGUCGAAAGCAAUAAGAUGUCCUCCAGUCUUGAUGAUAGAGAGGUGAAGAAGAUCACAGAGGAGUGUAAAAGGCUGCAGAUGGAGGUGCAACGACUUCGAGAGGAGAACAAGCAGAUCAGGCAGGAAGAUGAUAGUCUGCAGAUGAGGAGCACCGUAAAGGAAAACGUAAAUAAAUAAAUAAAGUGAAACCAAUACCAAUUGAUAUCUGAAUUGCAUAAUUGCAUGUCAUUUGAUUGAAUGUGAGGUUAAAGUUUGGGAUGCAUUGUCAUUAGGUCACAUGACUUGAAACGGAUAGUGUUUGAUAGACUGAAUGCUGCCUCAAGCACUUAUUGAGUCUAACUUAAUUUCAGUAGUACACCCAAAUGACAAUAGU